AUGCAGCUUCUCGCCCCUUGGGACACCGCUCGUUGUGUUGUUUACUUUGUAGCCCCAGCUGGACUCCUCGUAUGUGUCAGAAAAUGGAAUCAACGUCAAAAUUCAUCGUCGCCUUUUGCCCACAGCUCAGAACCCCACCACGACACUCCAACCCUCCAACCCUCCCCUGUCCCGACGAGCAAUCCGCAUCGAUAA